GAGGACACUCCGCUCACUGCAGCUGUAAAGAAUGGUCACACUGAUAUUGUUAGGUUACUUUUAGAGAAAGCAGCUAAUGUCAACAAAGGAGUACGGGAGGUAACUCCGCUCACUACAGUUGUAAAGAAUAAUCACACUGAUAUAGUUAGGUUACUUUUAGAGAACAGAGCUGAUGUCAACAAAGGAGUACGGGACACUCCGCUCACUGCAGCUGAAAAGAAUGGUCGCACUGAUAUUGAGGACACUCCGCUCACUGCAGCUGUAAAGAAUGGUCACACUGAUAUAGUUAGGUUACUUUUAGAGAACGGAGUUGAUGUCAACAAAGGAGUACGGGACACUCUGCUCACUGCAGCAUUACAGAAUGAUCACACUAAGAUUGUUAGGUUACAUUUAGAGAACGGAGCUGAUGUCAACAAACGAGUACCGGACACUCCGCUCAGAGCAGCUGUAAGGAAUGGUAACAUUGAUAUUGUUAGGUUACUUUUAGAGAACGGAGCUGAUAUCAACAAAGGAGUAUCGGACUCUGAGUUCAGUGGACUUGUAAUGAAUGGUAACACUGAUAUUGUUAGGUUACUUCUAGAGUACGGAGCUGAUGUCAACAAAGAAGUAGGGGAGGACACUCCGCUCAGUGCAGCUGCAAAGAAUGGUCACACUGAUCUUGUUAGGUUACUUUUAAAGAACGGAGCUGAUGUCAACAAAGGAGUACAGGAGGACACUCCGCUCAGUGCAGCUGCAAAGAAUGGUCACACUGAUCUUGUUAGGUUACUUUUACAGAACGGAGCUGAUGUCAACAAAGGAGUACAG